AUGAGCCACUCCAUCAUCGUGUCAAACGUACCUGAAGAUGUUAGCGACGGCUCAGUGAUCCGUUACAUCAGAGAAAUGACCGGCGAUGCCGACGUGGUGCACAUGCAGCCUUUCCCGGACCAGUACCACUACGUCAACGACAACCACGGCACCAAAACCAUGCAGGUUUUUUUCGCCACAGAAACGGAAGCCCAGUCGGCCAACACGCUAUUCCAAGGUCUCAACGUGGAGCAGGACUUGGAACGCGCCCAACAGUCUUUCCACGGGGCAUCCGAUCCCAGCAAACAGGUUCCUAGAUCCGUUGCAGAAGUCGAUUCGUGGGUCGAAAGUGCUCCCAACGCAGGUUCGCGCGCAACUGGACGCCGUAUCAGCGUGACAAUGAUUUGA